AAGUCGACCACCAUAACACCACCAACGAGACUACACAACUACUUCCAAGUGAUGUUGUGGCACCGCUGUAUAAGUGACCUGAUCACUCUCUACAAUCGCAUCCAGAGCCGACACGUGGAGGCAUUCCAAAUGCAUGGGCAACAGGUCAACACAAUGACUGGUUGCGACGAACAAUCGGUCAAGGCUGUCUGCUGUCAGGAUCCGCCAUUGCGAGAGAAGGAACCGUCGUCAUCACCUACACGGCCACGUACGCCCGAACCGUAUCCCUUCUGCUGCAAGGCUCAUUCGUUGGUCUUUACCACUCAGUAUCCACUCAGCUUCGUGCCGUACUCGCUCCGCGUCCAGUUCCGUCGCAUGGUACACAAAGUCCAGUCGGUCUCACAGAAGAAGAUUUGGAGCAGUGUGUCGGGGUGGCGCGAACAACUCGGGUUGGCAGGUCGAACCAUCCAGUACACUGGAUCGACAGAAAAGUUGCAAUUCUGUACUGGCACUGCAUACCCCCCAUCACCUCCAUCUGCGGCAGCGAGUGAGGGACAGCUUAUGGCGGAGGAGGAGGCACUUGUUCAAAGAAGGUACCGGAUCGAAGAGCAGGCACGGCAGGACAAUCUUGACAAGCAGGAGCUCUUGGCACUCUGCCAUAUGGCUUGCGGCCUCUUCCUGGCGGAUGACCGGCUGCAGAGCCCGCCUCCCACGAUCAUAUCACUCUUGCGGCAAGGAAGUCCAUGGAACAAGGGUGUUUGGUGCGAAGGUGAAUGGCAGCAUGCAUCGAUUGAUGUUCGGCAACCUGGGCAGGCGUCUCUAAACGGGUCGUCGCAAAGUGCCGCCAACAGUAGCAGCGUUACAGAAGGCGACAAAUCGAUCGAGUCGGGUCAGGCAAACGACAAUGGCAAUGACAUGGGCCGAUGGCAAAGCAUUUGCAUCGCAGCAAUCCAGUUCCUGGCGCACGAGGACUUGGCCUGGGGCGGUAACCGUACGAAUGCAGAACUGAGUCGUCUGCGUGCCGCCAACAAUCCGAGCGCAUGGACCUAUCACGAAUAG